GGAAAAACUAGUGGAACAUAAAAGGGCCAGUUAAAUGCCUUCGAAUAGCAAAAUAAGAGCGACUUUAGGUAUAUUUUGACAACAGUGCCUUCAACAGCUGGGUUAUUUGUGGCGCUCAGCUGAAAUUUCCCAUCCGAUUGAAAUAUUUUCAUAAGAGUGUAAGAGAGGGCAAUCUCAACCCAGUGUUGGUACAAUAUGACGUUUUGAUAUUAGCGCCAAAACAGAAUCACUGAUCAGUGCUUGUGAAAGGAAAGGUCGGAUGUUAUGGUGCGAAUAGUCUUUUUAAUCCUGGUCUUUUUAACAACUGCUAACAGCAAACCAAAAGCCAGCUUUGAACAUGUGGAUAACCUGAUAAAAAAAUACGGUAAGUUAAUUAUAUACAAACCAUUUUGUCUUUUUUUAAAGGGUUCGCAAGUUAAAUAACAAGCUUUCUAUUCUUAGCUUUAGAGAAACGUAGAUUCGAAGUAUGCCAACUUUCGACGAGAUUUCAACUUAAAUCGUCAUAAACUGCCCAAGUUAUGUCUCUUACAAGGGAAAACUAUUUCAUCACUGUUCUUUUUUUUUUCAUUUUAGUGAAUUUCAUUCUAUUGGCCUUAAAGAAUUUACCUCCAACCAUAAUAUUUUCCCGUUUUACUAAGUUGUUAUUUCCGAACUAAUGGAAACGAAUUUGCAAAUAGUUCUUGAUGCAUAGGACUUUUGUUGUAUCAGCUUCAGCGGAAAAUACGCUUUGGCUUAUCACACAUUUAGACUUUGUCUUAUUUUUGGCUAAGAACAGUAGAAAUUUUUAUCAAAAAGCUGAAUAGUAAUGAGUAAGGUAAUUUCCAUAAGCGGAAAUUUUAUAUCCUGAUUGACGCACGUCACACUCGUGUACUUGAAACUUAUUUAAAGGAUACACCCCAACACCAUUUAUUUGCAGAGUUUUAAGUUAAGACUGAACGGAAAUAUAAAAAUUUAAGCUGGCGAAAUCAUACAACAAUCAACUUAAAAAUCUCUGAGACAGUGGGGCCCUUUAAGGGAUGUAUUUUUAAAGUCUUUGUUGAAGUAAGGUCACGUUGGAGAAGAAUUAAGGCUUUGCGUCGCUGCCAAGGGGUAUAGUCACUGCCAAGAUGGGGUGCGAUGAGAUAGUGUACGGUGUUUUAACCAACUUGUUACUAAAACUUUCCGUGAGAGGAAUAAAUCUGUGCUUAAGUCUCUAAAAAAUUCGAGUUCACCAUCAGCAGUUAUGACUGCUAUUUGAGGAAUUAAAAAUAGCACUGCGUAAAUUAUGCCUCUAUUUUUAAUCUUCCUUAAGACUUACUCUAUCCAAAUUAAUGGCGUAGUUUUUACAUAUUCUGCUGUAAAAGUUGAGUUCAUCUUUUCUAUAACUUUUCAAAUGUUUUAAGUGAAAUUUUAAAGUACGAAGGCAUGCACUUGCAAAUUGCGUUAGCUAUGAUGACUUGACGUAAUAUCAUCACUAGUGCAAGCAAAAUAUCUUAUACUAGCCGUAUGAUGGCUUCCGCACUUCGUUGGUGACUGUACUAAUCAAGUCCUAUUUAUUAGCACUCUAAUCCGACGAAGUCGCAUUCAAGCUACAUGUACUUUUGCCAGAACUCCUGACUUCAAGACUCUAACUGUUAAUGUAAUGAUAAAUUUAUUUACUGGAAAAAUGCGUUAAUCGAUGAGCAUACCGAGAAACGGUCUUUCCGGACAAUUGCAGUACUUGUUAGCUUUCUCUCUCUCUCUUUUUUUCUCGUCUUUUCAAAACAUGCCACCUCGAGUCAAAAAUUCAGCAAAAAUGAUUACCAUUUCACGCUUCCCGGGAGUUUUCCUUGUGUUACCCGAAGUCGGAAAAGGAUUUAGGAACGUUUUAUUUUCACGACAUUAACCGUUUGGUAGAAUUUCCGGUUAACGAGAGAAAACGAGCUGUUCAACCCCGUUUUCCAUGUGCUGGAUAAUGUGACAUGAACAGCAUAUUUUCCCUCUGUUAGGUGAUGGUGAAUGCCAAGUUGUCCUUGUCUUUUCCGAAGUUAGAAAACGAGUCACGAACGCGAUAUUUUCCUUACAUUAACCGUUUGGUAAAAUGUCAGGUUAACGAGAGAAAGCGCACUGUUCAACCACGUUUUCCGUGUGCUGGAAAACGUGACGUAAACAGCAAAUUUUCCUGGUGUUAACGGAUUGUGAACGCCGAGUUUUCCUUGCGAAUUCCGAAAUGAGAAAACGGGUCGUGAACGUGGCAUUUUCAAUACAUUAACCGUUUGGUAAAAUCACCAGAAAACAGGAGAUUUUUUUGCCGUGAAAAUGGUCCGUGCAACGUACAGUCUUGUACGUUGAGAUGUCCUGAGAGGUCCGUUUGCGUAAUUGAAAAAUGCGUAAAAGGUAACCGUUGGUUAAAUUUUUGACUUGAGGGGUUGUAUGUUAUUGAAGCCACACACACACACACACACUAUACUUUAUUUUCACACACAUCAUUUUGCCAUCUCCUCCCGCAAAUAGCAAAAGCGAGACGAGGCGGGUGGAGAGGAUAGGUUACAGCAGAUUGUAAAGUAACUAAAUAAACUAUGUGGAUAAAUAAGAAUUACAGAAAAACAAGCUAAAGUUACAAAAUAUAUAAACCCACAGCAACAAGUGGGGAGACUUUGAAGUAAGAAAGGGGAUGGCUGCUGAUUUAUUUUAUCUGUUUGUUGUUUCAGUGGAAGAUGACGUUACUUCAAGGGCCGAAGAGAAUCCUGGUAUGAAAAAAAAAAACCUUUUUCCUUGUCACACUGUUAUGAAAACGACCUAAUUAAUUAUUACACCGAGCACCGAGAAGUAGUAAAGUGACAAUGAAUACCGUAUUUACUCGAAUAAGCGCCGCACAUGAAGUGGAAAAGUUCAUAAGCGCCGCCUUCGAAUAAGCGCAGGACCGGAGACACGAAAAGUUUAAUAAGCGCCGCGACGCUUAUUCGAGGAAAUACGGUAACUAUGGGUCUCUUAAUUUGUUUUGGGAUUUUGUCUACAAUAAAUCAAGACUUCCUUGUUCUCAUUACAGUGUUAUUGUUAACUACAUAUUACAAUGUUAUUGUUAAAAGAUUAAUAAUUUGUUAAUGGAUUCUGUCUCAGAAACUUCAACGAUCUCGUGCUGCGUUCACUAUUCAGUUUUUUUUCUUAACCCCUAUUAUGAUUGCAAUUGGUUUCAGCUCUUUUCGAGGGAGACAUUGUGAUUGAUGAAGACACGAAACGAUAUCUUCUGGGUGGAAACAUCAUGUCACGCGAUGCUGUUGUAAAUCCUAUAUUCUACUGGCCAAAUGGUGUCGUUUAUUAUACUUUCGACAGUGACUUAGGUAAAAAAAUUAAUCGAUAUAAUUAAUCAUUUUUAUUAAUGUCAUAUUAUUUUCACGGUAAGAAUUGAUUGUUUUUUUUUGUCUUCCUGUUAACUCUCUGAGAAUCCUGUAUAAUUAUUGGUGUACUGUAAAGCAACAGCUCAUCGAAAAAGACCAGAAGGCUAACUAAGGUAGUGUUUACAUUACACUCGGGCGACUUUCACGCCGGCGCGAGUUCACUCCGGCUCCCUCCCAUGGCUCUAUAUUUCAGUGUUAACAUGAUACAACCACAAAAUGUCAUACCAGCGCGAGUCACCCCGGCGUGAUAUCACCCCGGUUGUUGUACCGGAGCGAGAAUUUCACUCCGGUUCAAAAUUUCGCAGCGGCAUCGUGUAAACGCGAAACGACCACCUGUUUCGGUUUGAAAUCUUUCGGCCGGUGGACUGGGACGGGUAGCACAUGCGCAAUGUUUGCGAUUUUGAAUCGCACGUGUAUUUUAUUAACAUGAAGUGUACCUUCGAAUAACCGAGAUAUGAAACGACCCAUCAUCAUGUAAACGCGAUACGAAAUCAAACAGUCAUCCCGGCAUGAAACCUGAGCCGGUGUGAGUUUUGUCAUGUAAACACCCCCUAACUAACUAAGAGUAUAACUUUUACUGCGCUUUUCACAAACAUGCGAAUUCUGAAGUUCAAAAGCCAACUGACGAUUGCGUUUUUCGCUGCCGUCAAUCAUCUUAACGGACCUAGAAAACAAGACUUUACUUUAAUUGUUUCAAAAGGUCAAGGUUUGUGAUUUGUGAUUGGUGGAUUUCGAUUCGUUUUGUGUGUUUCUGUUUUUCCAGGUUCGUUGCGUGUGAUCGUAAUUAUGAUUGACAGCAGCGAAAAACGCAAUUGUGAAGGCGGCUUUUGAACUUUAGAGUUCGCAUGUUUGUGAAAGGCGCAGUAAUCCCAUGCAAUAUUUUCCUUUUUUUAAAAUCCCAUCUCUUUGCUGAUUUAGCACAAUCCACUAUCGAUCUCAUCAAGAAAGGAAUUCAUCACUUGAGGAGAAGAACAUGUUUGAAGUUUGUGCAAACUCCCCGAAAUGACGGUCAUCAUAGCAGCUACAUAAAGUUCUUUAGCGGAAAUGGGUAGGUGUUUUUCCUGUAAGUCGUAAAUGCAGCAUAUCGCAUUUCAACAAGUUUAUUAAGCUCUAUUUUAAGCAAGGCAAUGUUUCCACCAUUUUUUGUCAAUCGCCGAAAUGGACUCGUCUACUCUUGGCCAAAAAGUACAAGUAUUGAAGUAUUGAAAAUGCCCUAAGGAAUCAUAGGGUUCUAAUGUGAGAAGGAAGAUCCUGGAAUGUGUACGUGUACCUAAUUGAAAUAGUGUUAUUAAAUAAUGAUAAUGAUAAUGAUAAUGAUAAUGAUAAUGAUAAUGAUAAUGAUAAUGAAAAUGAUAAUGAUAAUGAUAAUAAUAAUAAUAUAAGUGACGCAGGUGAUUCACUCGGAUCUAUGUGGAAAGCUGGGUUAUGACAAGGAUGAAAAAUAUUACAACCAUGGGCCACAACCAGUGUAUGCAUCAACUCCCAGAAGCUGCUGUGGACUUCAAAAUACCGACUGACAACUAAAUUGAACACAGCAAGCCUGAAAUUGUAGUAUUGGAUAAGAUAGAAUGGAAGUGCCAGAUUAUUGAUGUUGUUUGUCUGUCUGACACACGAAUGAAAGACAAAGGGGAGGUAGAAAUUUGAAAACUACCAAUACUUGAAACGGGAGUUGAAACGUAUCUGAAAAUUCUGCAGAGUAACUGUGGUGCCAGUCAUAAUUGGUGCAUCAGGAGCUGUCUCGAAAGACAUACAGAAGUGGCUAGUAUAGCAGAGAUUGAUGUCACAUGUCGUUUAGACACAUUGCAGAGAGCAUGCUUAUUGAGUACAGCCAGAAUCCUUCGCUAAGUCUUGGACACCUAAGGUCACGGGUGGUGACUUGAUGUUUAAGGAAGACUCCAGCAAGCCUAGUCUCCCCGCAGACGUCCUUUGGGGUUCGUUUGUCACGCAUUCAUGGAGAAAUGAAUGCUUGACAAACGAACCCCAAAGGACGUCUGCGGGGAGACUACAGCAAGCCAUCCAAAAGCUGUGUUUUAAUAAGGAUAAUAAUGAUAAUGAUCAUAACGAUGAUGAUAAUAAUAGUAAUAAUAAUAUUAAUAAUAAUAAUAAAUGGAAAGGUAAUGACAAAGAAGUCAUCUAAAUUAUCUCUUUGAAAAGUUAUUGAAUUGGGAAGCGCUUGUUGAACCAUAAAGCAAUUUCAUGUUUAGCCUGCGUAGCAAGCGUUUCCGCACGUUUUCGGAGCAAAGAACGAGAAACGAGAGUCAAAGAUCGGGCGAAAAUCUGAGUCCUCGUCGCUCCUCAGUCUUUCUUUGCUCCGAAACCACACGGGAACGCUUUCUACGCAGGUUAUUCCAUGUUCAGCAGAUGAAACUGUAAAACGCAAGAUUAAAAUGUUAAAAGUUGACGGAUUUUUUUUGUAACAGUUUUUAGCUCAUGAAAGUAGGUGUAUUAACAUGUCAUUUUUGGCUUUGGUUUAAAAUUCUAUGGAAUGGGAUUUUUUCAAUCUGAUUCCAGGAGGUAUAGCCUCCACUCCCCACUUAAGGACUAUCGUUCCCAAAGGUAUUUGAGGCAAAAUGUAGGAAGUAACAAUUUAUUACACAUUGUUUUUAACAUUGGCUAUUUUGAAACAAUCCCAAGAUGCUAUUCAAGGAUUGGCCGAGAUCCCAAUGACAAGGAACAGGUAAUCUCGAUUGGACUUGGAUGCGAGAGGCUUGGGACUGUUGUCCAUGAGACCAUGCAUGCUUUGGGAUUUUUCCACGAACACACCAGACCCGAUAGAGACAAAUACAUCACACUAGACUGGGGUAAUAUUGAACAAGGUAAGUGGAACACUGUUUUUUUUUUCGUCAUGGAAGAUAUUGAUCAUCGUGGAUAAUGUGUAUAAACUGUUUAGAUUAUCGUUUGUGUCACGAUUGUCACUUUGAUAUUGAUCGCGACGUUUCGACCGCACACUGCAGGUCUUGUACCAUCGUGGCUGUUAGUGAUUGGUGUAUCACAAACUUCGCUCAUGGUCGGUGGGUUCGAUCCAAAGCAUUGUUGAUUUUGUCAGAGGAGGAUACUGUUCUCUCAGCGGUCCGCUUCGGUGGAUAUCGGUUGUCCUGUUGUCUGACUGUAGGCAUCCACGCUUCAGGAAUCUCAAUACACUGUCCCUGUUGAUGUCGUUAGCGUAAAUUCUUAUGUGGAUAGCCUCUUUAAUUCUACGAGAGUACCAUUUGGUUUUCUUGUUUUCUAUAGCCUUUUUACUUACGCUGCCAUCAGCUAUUUCAAUUUUUGCCAAACGGGACUGCGUUUCAUAAGAAACCACAGGACUGGUUUGGGACACCAACAUGGCAGCCGUUUUACUCAAACGUCUUUAACGGUUUGAGCCUAUGCAGAGGUCGCGAGCAAUAUCUCCCCUCACUUCAAUAGUAUUGUUUUCACAAUUGAAAAGUUUACUUAUUUGAAGCCAUUCCUUAAAGCAAGUUAUUUUAUCAUGGACGGUUCUUAUUAAAAGUUGAAAAUAGUGCUGGAGGAACUGUAGUGAACCCUUUAUUAUUAUAUACAUACUGAGAAAUACUCACCAAAAAGCUAUGUCGUAAAUUUUCGUACGCACAUUAGUUCUAGCCAAUCAGAAUCGCGAACGAUGGUUUUCACGUGUGAGAAAAAAGAUACGUCCCAUCAGAAGCCACAGAGGUGCGUGAGUUUCGCGCCAAAAUUCCCGCCUUUUAUUGCAGCUUGCAGCGCCGCUUCGCACACAUUCAACGAGAAAAGUUUUACUCAAAGAGUUUUUCUCGUUAAAAAAAGUGAAAAACAUUUCAGAAAUAGAGUGGAAUAGUUUUAUUUGUUUCACUGUCGAUAAUGAAAACGGUAGAGAGCCGGCGAAACAACAGUGGAAAGGGAAAAACAGAACGAGGCGUAAGCUUUUGUUGUGCUUUUUGUCGGAGCUACUUUGCCUUUCAUUUAAGCUUAACUUUUAUUGAAACCGGCCAUUUUUCAUAAAUUCACUCAUUUUCAAUUGUGCAUUGAGAAUACAGUUAAGAUUACUCAUAGUUCUUGGAUUACCUCAUAUCCUUACCGUCAUUUAUGUUUUUAACAAACGUUUUUACUAAAAAGCUGAUACUUCGUUUUCGUUGCCAUUUUGCCGUAAGUGUGUAAAAGGCCGCCAAAAUGAUGAAUGUCUCAGUAUGUAUAUAAUAAACACAAUACCACAUGGAAAGUGCUUUGUACGGUAUUUACGCACUCGUUGUUAUUGUAUCAAAAAUCUUACUCGUUCGCUGCGCUCACUCGUUCGAUUUCUGAUACGUCAAAAACUCGUGCGUAAAUACCGUACGCCAGCACUUUCCAUGAAGUAUUCUCUAGUUUCGGCACAGUUCCGAGCCACGGCCUUGAUCCACGCUAGUUCUUAUUAUCUAUUCUAGUUAUUAUACAUGAAGCUAUUCAGCUCUAAAAUCACUACCAUUUUUAUCUUUUCUAGAGCAUGCACAUAACUUUCGAAAGUAUCCUCGUGAUCUGGGAUCCUCCUUCGGUAAACCAUAUGAUUACCAUAGUGUAAUGCACUAUAGCAAGUACGCAUUUGCUAAAUAUAGAGAUAUUCCAACUAUCGUCCCAAAAGACAAGAAAGAAGUGAUCGGCCAGAGGUUUGGUCUAAGCUAUCAGGACAGAGAGGAAAUCAACAAGCUGUAUCGAUGCAAAGGUUAGGGGCUAAUUCAUAUGCAUUAAAAAUCGGGCCAAUAAAGUAGAAGAUGGUAUUGUCCUAAGGCAUGAGUCGGGGGAAAUAAUAUUCCCGUAAGAGAAAUUACCGGGAAACAAUAACUACUACUAUAUAUACUGGGAACAAAAAGCCAUAGCACGUAAUAUAAGGAGACGUCAAUUUGGUUGAGUGCUGCGCUGUUUGUAACUGUCUUGUGUAGUGAUGUAACAGUUGCUAUGUGUGCUGAAGGGGGCUGCGCCAUAGGCAACCAGUACGUUUUUUUGUAACAACAAAGGAACGUUGGUUCAAUUGCGUGAACUUAGAGUCCCAGUUGUUGAAUAGGUGGAUAGUACCAUGCAUUAUCCAUAGGAUAGUGCAUCUGGAUUUCGAAAAACUUAUCCAGUGGAUAGAGACUCAUCCCGGCGGUGGAUAGAGUUAUCGACCUUUUGAGGAACUGGGGCUAGUUAGCUAAGUUAGAGUUAUCGACAAAUGUUCAACUACAUAAUUCCAAUAAAAGGGAUAGCAAAAGCAGCGGUGAGUGUUAUUGUUGUUCAGACAAGGUUUGUCUCUCUGCCAACAAUGCUACGCAAUAAACAAUCAAUGCAACCAGCUGACAUCUGCUUUUGUUAUUCUUCUAGUUAUUUACUUAUUUAUUCAUUUACAUUUAUUUAUUGUUUUUUGGUUUCUUUUUCUCAGAGGGAUGCGUUGACGAAAUAGACCCAUACAAGUGUGUCCUUUUCAGAAAAUUUGGUAUGUGCUCAAGUGAGCUCCAUCAGCAAAAAAUGAUAGAGAAAUGUCCAAUGAGUUGCGAUUUUUGCGGUAAGCGG